AUGUUCGUUGAAGAGUGGCUCUUCCAUUGUUGUCGCAUUGCUAAUCUUUUUUUUCCACUGAUGACAUCACCGUUCUUAUCACCAAAUCACCGUAACAAUGUUCUUUUCGAAACAACUUCUCUCACAUCAAAACAAACGCUUUCCAAUGAUCUUCACGAUAUAUUUCACAUACUGAAACGUACGCCAAAUCAUCAAGAUCUAUCCCGGACAAAUUGGCCAUCACCGACAUACAUUAUUCAAAAGCAUACAAUUAUCAAUACACCCCUUUUCAGUCAAUAUCAACUUUCGCCUUUCUCUCACGAUGAAAAACAAGAAUUUAAUAACAUGGCAUAUUGCAUUGCUUAUUGUACGAUUAUUCUCAUGGGUAUUUCACUUGGUGGUUGGCUCGGCGGUCUUUUCGAAUUUCUAACAAAUGGAUUCAACGGAUGUAGCAAUGAACAUCGUGGCCAUACAAAAUGUCAACUGCAAUAUGCAUCUCCAAAUGUGACUAUUCGUUGUGUUAACAUAUUCUACAAGAAUUUGACGUUGAUUAACUCUGCGUUCAUAUGUCUGUGUCGUUUUCGUAAUUCUCCGCAACUGAAAUAUCGAGAUUGCGCAUAUCUGUAUGCUGACAUUCGAUCUUUUUAA